AUGUCCGCUCUAUUCAAUUUCAAGUCACUACUGCAAGUGAUACUCUUGCUGCUGUGUUCAUGCACAUAUGUUCAUGCACAAUGGCCAUCUUUAUUAGAUCGUUACAAGGAUCAUGGUGUUUUUGGUGCUUUCUGGAAGAUGGCGAGAGUUGGUGAAAGGGCGAGCCCUUACGUCAGUGUUGCAUGCAUCUUAAUGGCUAUCAACCAAUUUAACAGUUGA